CGCAGACCGACGGCCCGCUCCGGCAGCGCAACCGCUUCAUGCUGCCCGCCUCGCUGACGGUGCUGGCGGCGCUGCUGUUGAAUCACGUCGGGCUGUUCGUGCCGCUCGUGAUGAUGACGCGCAACUGCCUCAUGCCCAAGAAGCCCGUCGCCAUCGAGCCGAAGUACCCCGCCUGCCCCGCGGAGCUCCUCGAGGCCGAGGUGACCAUCGUCGUCUCCGUCAAGGACGCGUGCUCGCAGGCGCCCGGCUUCAUCCGCUCGCUCGAGCGCUUCGCGCCCCCCGGCGUGCACCUCAUCUACACCUUCCCAAACUUCGAGUCAUGCGCAAACAUCGACCUGAAGGGCGUGCUGGCGCGGUGGAAGAAGGUGACGCUGCUGCCGCUGCCGCUGCGCGUCUCGCCCAUGCAGGGGUGGGUCGACGCGAUCCCGCACAUCAGGACAAAGUACUCGUACCUCGUCCACAACGACGGGUACGCCCUCGACUCCUUCUUCGGCUGCGAGCUGCUGCGCGGCCUCGAGGCGCACAAGCUGGUCAAUUCGUCGUACGCGCUCGCCGCCCCGAUGCUGUACGAGUCCAAGGCGGACGGCUCGCUCGCCGCGCACGCCACGCAGACCAACCUGCGGCUGGUCAAGGACGGCUCGCCGCAGGGGAUGACGACCGAGUUCAUCGAGGACCACGGCUUCCUCAUCGAGAGCGACAAGAUCAGCACCGUCAUCGACCCGCGCGCCUCCUUCACGCUCGAGUACCUCGACAUGAUCAUGACGAUCCGCGCCCAGGGGGUGGAAG